CUCCACAUUGGCUGUCCGUAAAAAAUAGGUUUGAGGAAGGUUCCCAAACAAAGUUUGCCGAAUUGUGAACGUACACUGACGUACUCUUUGAACCGGCAUCAAACACAAGAAUCGUGCGGCAAACGUUGGCCAUUAAUUCUGUUACCUUCGGAGAAUUAUCACUAGAAGAUGCCUGGACGUGUUGCUAUUGUCACCGGUGCCAACAAGGGUAUUGGUUUGGCCAUUGUGCGAGGUUUGGCCAAAGUUUUCCAAGGUGAUGUCUACCUAACGGCCAGAAAUUCUGAGCGAGGCUUAGCGGCCGUGCAAACCCUCAUGAAAGAGGAUCUCGUGGUUCAUUUUCACCAACUCGACAUCGACGAGCCCAAGAGUAUCCAAACUCUCCGGGAUUUUAUGAAAGACAAGUACGGUGGGAUUGAUGUUCUGGUCAAUAAUGCGGCUAUCGCCUUCAAAGGUAAUGCUACCGAACCGUUUGGUCACCAAGCCGAGAUCACUCUCAAGACCAAUUUCUGGGCUCUGAAGAGCACUUGCGACAUCCUGUUUCCCAUCUUAAAACCUGGGGCUCGAGUGGUCAACAUGUCGAGCUCAGCCGGAUUUCUAGCCCGUAUGGGAGGCUCGGGUGCGGCUAAUGCCGCUCUCAAACAGACCCUAGGCGAUCCAGAGCUCAAAAUCGAGAAGUUGGAAGAACUCAUGCACGAUUUUGUCGCCAGUGCCAAGGCCGGAAAUCACGCUGAAAAAGGCUGGCCCAAUAGCACUUACUCCGUCUCCAAAGUGGGUGUUAGUGCGCUAAGUCGGAUUCAGCAACGGGAGUUUAAUCUGGAUAGUGAUUCAGAUUACGUGGUCAACCACGUUCACCCUGGAUACGUGGACACGGACAUGACGAGUCACAAAGGUCCCUUGACCAUCGAUGAAGGUGCCCGCUCAUCUCUCUUUGCAGCCAUGCUCCCGGCCAAUACGGAAGUUAAAGGCCAGUAUAUUUGGGAAGAUUGCAAGAUUUUGGAUUGGGUGAAAGGUUAAAGCUGAAUAUUAUGAAUGAGAGCUUUUUUGAAAUACAUGGGCGUGAGUUCAAUCAUU